UAUACUAUCACGCAUGCGCGAUAAUUUGGCAUCGUUUUUCGUGAAAUCGUUCGAAGGAUUCUGUUCUUCAUAUUUUUUGGCCUUCAUAUACAAACUUAAUUGUAUAGGAAUGAAUUUUAAUUGAUUGUAAUUGCUUUCUCGAAUAAUAUAAAACGAUACGAAAAUAAAAAAGAUGGCGUUAAAUGAUACGGAAUCAGAAAUAAUUGGUUGUGGAUUUAAUGCUUUCAAAGAAAUUAAUGAAGUGACUUUUUUAAUUGGUGAAUUAAAAAAAGUUGAUCUUUCUCCAAGUCUUAUUGAAAAAAAUCGAGAUCGAUUUAAUUUUAUUUUAUCACAAUAUCAAGAUCAGAGACAACUCUUGGAUCCUUAUAUGGAUUUUGAUAUUUUACAGCCAUUGCUUGAUAUUAUUAAAGAUGAAAAUUCUACAGAAAUUAUGCGGCAUAAUGCUUUCAAGUAUAUUUUCAUUGUUAUGUCUGUUAAAACAUACAAGAAAAUUGUUACAUAUCUUCCACAUGAGGUAGCUGAUCUUCUUCCUGUUUUGCGAUUGUUAGAAAAACAAAAUCCAAAUGAUGUAGAAACAUGGGAAACUCGAUAUGUACUUUUAAUUUGGCUUUCUAUAAUUUCAAAAAUACCAUUUCCACUUUCACGUUUAGAAGUUUCUGAUGUUAAUUUUGAACAAUCGAUAACAGUUAGAAUUUUAAAAAUAUGCAAAUUAUUUUGCUUAUCAAAGGAUGCUUGUGCUGCAGCUGCAGUUUUUUUAAUUGCUAAUUUUUUAACAAGAUCAGAUGCUAAAAAAUUAUAUUUAAAAGAAAUGAUAAUGUGGAGUUUACAAUGUGCAGAAAAUGAUCCUUUAAGACAUGGUCCAUUAGCAGUUAUAGCAGCAAUAUUAAAACAUAGUGCAAGAGAAGAUGUUAAACCAUAUAUUCAAAUAAUUUUAGAUAAAGUUUUACAACUUCAUUUGAAUGAAAAUCCUGCAGAUCUUAUUCGUAAGUUUGGAAUGAAAGUUGUACAAAGAAUUGGACUGGUAUUAUUAGGAACAAAGUUGGCUUCAUGGAGAUAUCAAAGAACUAGUAGACCUAUAUCUUUAGUACCUAAUAUUAAUAUUAAUUAUAACACCAUAGAAAGUGUGGAAGAUACUAAAAAUAUUCCAUUAAAUCAUGAUGACCAGGAUAUUCCAUCAACAAUAGAAGAUAUAAUUGAACAACUUAUACAAGGUCUUAGAGAUAAAGCAAUUACAAUACGAUGGUCUGCUGCAAAAGGAAUUGGUAGAAUAACAGCAAGAUUACCAAUGGAUUUAGCAGAUGAUGUUGUGGGAUUUGUGUUAAAUCUUUUUUGUGGUAGAGAAUCAGAUUUUGCUUGGCAUGGAGGUUGUUUGGCAUUAGCAGAAUUAGGAAGACGUGGUCUCCUUCUUCCUCAUCGUUUAAAUGAUGUAAUACCAGUUGUUCUUCAAGCCUUAGUAUUUGAUGAACCCAGAGCUUAUGGUUCAAUUGGAUAUUUAAUCAGAGAUGCUGCAUGUUAUAUUUGUUGGUCAUUUCCUAGAGCAUAUGAUCCUGACAUAAUUCAACCUUAUGUAAAAGAAAUUGCAGCUAUGUUAUUGGUUGUUACUUGUUUUGAUCGAGAAAUUAAUUGUAGAAGAGCUGCUUCUGCUGCAUUUCAAGAAAAUGUAGGAAGACAAGGAAAUUUUCCACAUGGAAUAGAAAUACUUACAAUUGCUGAUUAUUUUGAAGUUGGUGUUAGAAAUCAUGCAUAUUUGAAGAUUAGUACACAAAUUGCACAAUAUGAAGAAUAUACAAAAUCUUUGAUUGAUCAUCUAAUUACAAGAAAAAUUACACAUUGGGAUACAGCAAUUAGAGAACUUUCAGCUAAAACGCUUUUUAAUUUAACUCCUAUUGAUUCUAAUUAUAUUAGAAAUACAGUUUUACCAAAUUUAUUAGAUAUGUUAAAUUCUAUUGAUUUAAAUAUUAGACAUGGUGCAGUAUUAGCUAUUGCAGAAAUUUUAGAAGCAUUGUUCAAUAGUUGUGAUGAAAAAAUUGAAGAUAUAAUUGGACCUUUCGCUAUAGAGAAUAUCAAAAAUAUAGUUAGUACUUUUAGAAAAAGGGGACAAUUUAAAGGUCUAGGAGGAGAAUUAAUGAAACAAGCAUGUGCUGUACUUAUAAAAAAGUGUUCAAUUGUUAAUUUUCCUAUUUCUAUUGAAACUAUUUGUGAUUGGCAAAAUCUUCUAGAAGAAUGUUUGGGUCAUGAAGUAUCUAUAGUAAAAAUAAAAGCUGCAGAAGCACACACAGAAUUUUUUCGAAAAUACUAUACAAACAUAAGCAUUCAAGAUCGCAAUAUUGUUAUUAAUCGUUAUCUUGAUAAUUUACAAUCAAAUAAUCAGCUUGUACGAAUAGGUUUUGCACAAGCAAUAGGUUAUUUUCCUUUAUUUAUAAUUUGUGAAAGAGUAAAAGAUAUAAUAGAAGCUCUUAUUAAAUGUACAAAAAUAUCAGAAAGUACUUUAAAAUGGGCAGAAAGUAGAAAAGAAGCUAUUCAUGCAUUAAUAAUGAUUUGUCAAACUCUGGGAAUAAAAGAAGCAGAUAAAUGGCACAUAUAUAUUCAUGAUUUAUAUGAUUGUUAUUUAUUGGCAUUGAAAGAAUAUACUAUAGAUAGUCGUGGAGACAUAGGAGCUUGGGUACGAGAAGCAGCAAUGACUGGUCUACAUAUAUUAACAAAUUUAAUAUCACAAGCAAAAUUAUUUUCUGUGUUAAAUGAAAAUUUAAUGGCAAAUAUAAUUGGAGGAAUUGCACAGCAAGCUGUUGAAAGAAUUGAUGGAAUUCGAGCACAAGCAGGAAUUGUUUUCAGUGCUCUUAUUCAUAAUGAUCCUUCCUUACCAAACAUUCCAUAUCAUGCAGAAUUAAAAACCAUUUUUCCUUAUGAUGAAUGUAAAGAAAAUAUAGAAUGGCGAAUGGAAUCAGCUACUUUUCCACGAUUUAUUAAAAUGUUAUCUUAUCCUCCUUAUACAAUGAGUCUUUUACGAGGAAUUAUAUUUAGUGUUGGUGGUUUAAGUGAAUCUUUGGUUAAAUAUUCUAGUGUUUCAUUAUUUUCUUAUUUACAAGAAAUAGAUGAAUUGGGUCUUCGAAGUUUAUGUUAUAAAAUUUUAGAUAUUUUUGAAGAAAGUCAUAAAAACGAACGAAUGAUCACAUCAAUGUUAGCUUUUUUGGAUCGCUUACUUAGUUCUGGUUGCAUUCAAGUUGUUCUUGAUGAUUCUGAAAAUGGAAUUGCAGAACGAAUUUUAAUAUUACUUAAACAAGAAAUAAAAACUACAAAUAAUACCAAGUUAUUAAUUAGCAGUAUAAAUGUUUUUUGUCAGCUCUUGCAGUUACAUGGACCAGUUGCAAAAAGAGCAUUUUGUCAGUUAAGUAUUUUUCUUUGUCAUAAAUAUAAAUGUAUACGAAAAGUAGCUGCAACAAGAACAUAUGAAGCUUUAACUCUUUAUGGGGAAGAAAUGGAUCUUCCAGAAGAGGAUUUGAUUCAAAUUUUAACUGAAUUAAAUAUUACUGAUUGGGAACAAUCAGUAUCUGAACUGCGACCCAUAAGAAAUCAUCUUUGUGAUUUAAUGAAAGUACCUGCUCCUAUUUUACAGAAUAAGCUUACAAAUUAAUUUUUCUUUUAAAUUUUGCCUUAUUUUAAUUAAAUUGGUAUAGAUCCAACAAUAAGAGGCCUCCAUAAUUUUUCAGUGAUAUAAUCGUCACAGAUUGCAUUUUCAAAAGCUAUUGUAAACUUAUAAUUGGCAUUGAAUGAAAGAAAAUCCUCUCUAUUUAAAACUUCAAGGUAGAUCUACAAGAGUAAGAGGUAUAUCACUAAAUCUACUAAAUGUUGAGGAAUAUG